GGACGAGGGGAGAGUCCGGGAGGGGUGCCUCCUGGCUGCCACGGCCGUCCCUGAGUUGAGGCCCAGCGAGACGGGAUGAAAUGUGAACAGGGGACGUGGGCUGGAGGACUCCAUAGAGACGCAGCGUGGAGGGCGGAGGGGAGGCUGCCCCGGGAGGGGGAUUCCAGCCUCCCCGCCCCCGUGGAGAAGCCUGGACCGUGGGCGGCCCAAGCCAGACCCUCUCCAGCGUCUCUCCUGAAAGCCACCGAGGCACUGGGAACCCUUCAGGAAAUAGCUGCUUCUGAACAGAGAGGGACCAAGCCCCCAGGGGUCUUGAGGGGAGAGGCAGGCCCUUCUAGGUGAGCCGUCGGUCCCGGAGCCGUCCGGUCAGGAGCGUGGGAGGCUGGCAGAGAGGCCUUUAAAAGCCGCAGGCCCAGCCCCUGCCCCUGCUGCAGGCCUGACACGGAGAGAAGGUCUUCCUGAACCCCAGAGAUGAAAGGCCUUCUCACACUGGCUUGGUUCCUGGCUUGUAGUGUGCCUGCUGUGCCAGGGGGCUUGCUGGACCUCAAGUCCAUGAUUGAGAAGGUGACCGGAAAGACCGCCCUUACGAACUACGGCUUCUACGGCUGUUACUGUGGUUGGGGCGGUCGGGGGACCCCCAAGGACGGCACCGAUUGGUGCUGCUGGGUGCAUGAUCACUGCUACGGGCGGCUGGAGGAGAAAGGCUGCCACAUCCGGACACAGUCAUACAAAUACAGAUUUGCACGGGGACUGGUCACCUGCGAGCUCGGGCCCCUCUGCCAAGUGCAGCUCUGUGCCUGUGACCGGAAGCUCGUCUACUGCCUGAAGAGGAAUCUGAGGAGCUAUAAUCCUCGUUACCGAUACUUUCCCAACAUCCUCUGCUUCUAGUGGCCCUCAGUGAGCUCCUUGCUCCCCUCUCCUCCCACACGGAGCUCACCGACUCCCCUGGGUUCCCGAGAGAGGCUCGCAGUCCUGGACCUCCUUCUCUCUCCAUGGUCCACGGGGCUUGGCGGAGCCCCACGGCCACACUCCACGCUCCAGAGAGUCCCAGGAGAAUGACUCUGGUCCCAGGACCCCGCAAGGUCCACUUGUGAGGUGGGCUCGCCCAAAGCUCCAGGCCGGCUGUCUUCCCGCUUGCCCUGAAGACAGCGCCCCUUCUUCAGGAAGAUACAUUUACUUUGCAGUUUCUGUAGUCGGACUAUCACUACCACCCUCUAGAGAAUUUUUACUCAAGGUAGAAGCAAAAUUGACCCCCUAAUUCUGCCAUAGAGAUGUUUGAAAACAUUAUUC